CCUGGAUUGGAUUCCUCUCCUAUCACUGGAUAGUCAGAACGUGGAAGCCUGUCAUCUGCACGGAUCUUCUGAGCUCCUCAAUCUCAUUACACUGACAUUCGCAGUUGCCUACAAGCCUUUGCUUGGUCUCAAUCCCAAUAUCACCGUCGACUACCAUCUAUCGUCGCCCACGGUGGACACUCGACUGCCCUUCCGAGGCAUGUCUAUUAGACCGCAAUCAUGAACAUGAAUAUCUUUCGCAUCUUGGGCGACGUGUCCCAUACCGCGUCCAAGUGCAUUCUCAUAUAUGCCAUCCACUCCAACAAGAGCGCCGAAGGCGUUUCCCUGCUCACUCAAAUCCUCUAUAUUGCCGUUUUCCUCACGCGCUAUCUCGACCUGUUCUGGGUCCCUCCCACCGCAUCAUGGUGGAACUUUAUCUUGAAAAACUUCUAUAUCUGGUCCUCUAUCUACAUCAUCAUUCUCAUGACCCGAGUUUAUGCCCGCACACGAGAACGGGAAAAGGCUUGGAAAUGGGGAGGCUAUGUCACAGCAGCAUCCAUUGUAUCGGCACCGCUCGUCACCUUGAUCUUUGAAGGCUGGAGGCACUCCACCUUUUCUGAGAUUCUUUGGACUUUCUCCAUCAUCCUCGAAGCAUUCUGCGUCCUGCCGCAACUCAUUCUCCUCCGUCAGACCACCGUUCCCACUGUUAUCGAUUCUUUCUACCUCGUCACUCUGGGUUCCUACCGUGCCUUUUACAUCCUCAAUUGGAUUUAUCGACUCUUCAGUACGCAUAAGCCUGAUGCCGUCUCGGUCAUCUUCGGCAUCAUCCAGACUGCCUUUUACGUUGACUUUGCCUGGGUGUAUUGGACACGACAGAGGGUCAAACUGCGAGCGGGCGGUGUUGUUGACGCAGAUGACAUGAGAAAUGGCUGGCUAGUCAACAAGGUCAUCAAAAAUAUUCCCCUGGCGACGGAUGACAUGCCCGACCCCGAGGCACAGGACGGACAGGCCAACGGCCAUGCGGAUCAACCGAGCAAAGUCAACUCACGCUGGGGUCCUAGGGGUAUCUCCAUCUCUGCGGAUGACACUCUGCACGAUCACGACCGAAUCAAGAGAGCAGGAAAGCAACCCCACACCGAUGAUCCGGAGACUGAAGCCAUGUUGGACGACGAUGCCUUUGCGAUUGACGAGGAAGAGGACUUGCCCAAAUUGGUAGAUUCCGGGAAGAAUGUCCUCAACAGUGACGAGGAAUGGCGAGACAGUGCACCCAGCAGAAAGUGAUAUGCUGUGCUAGGAUUCGACAAGGCACGAAGGUGCAUAUUGGUUUGGGUGUCUUUUGACCCAUUCUGGUCCUGGUUUUGUAGAGUAGCUCUUUUCUUUGGCACCUCAUGCUGUUGUAUUUGAGAUUAGCGCUUUUUCGCUUGAAUUUUUAAGCUCUGAGAGACAGAGGACAACAGAUAGUGCAAGACUAAGCCAUAGACGUACGGACACUUCUGGCUAUUGAUG